AUGAACGACUACGUCCGAGGCUCUGCCUGGCGAGUGCCAGUGACUGCCUGCCAGCCAAGGCCCCUCUCUGCCUUUCUGUCGCGCAAUGCACAGCGACGACCGGCGUCGGCCAUUCGCAGCCUCCUUCCGCUGGAGCAGGAGCCAGGCAUGAUCUCGCUGCUCGCAGGCAAGCCCAACCCGGCCACGUUUCCCAUCGAGGAGAUUGCCGUCAAGGUGCGCUUACCCGACGACGCUUCGUCGCCCGUCGUCGUUGCCGUGACGGGCGACAGGCUACAGAAAGCGCUGCAGUACGGUCCGACGGCUGGCACGCCCGCCCUCGUCGACUGGCUGGCGCAGUUGACCAGCUCCCUCCAUGGUAGACCACUCCCUGCGCAGAGUAGUGACAGCACAAAGCCAUGGCAGCUCGCGGUGGGAAACGGCAGCCAGGAUCUCAUCGUCAAGGCGUUUGAAGUCAUCCUCGACAGCGGAGACACCGCCCUGCUCCAGUCACCAACCUACCCGGGCGUACUGCCGGCCCUGUGCGUGGGGCAAGUCAAUACGGUCGCAGUGGAGUCGGACGAGGCGGGGAUCCGCGCGGAUGCCCUCGAGCGCAUGCUGGCACGGUGGGAUGUCGACGAGAAGACGUCAUCGCUGGCACGGCCCAAGUUGCUGUACAUGGUCCCGACAGCAUCCAAUCCAACAGGCACGUCGACGAGCCUGGACCGCAAGCGUGCAUUGCUGCGACUGGCGAGAAAGUACGACUUUCUCCUCUUUGAAGACGACCCAUACUACCACCUCUCCUUUGAGGAGGCUACGCCGAGCCUGUUUGCGCUCGAUGGGCAGGAUUCAGACCACGACCAGGGCCGCGUGCUUCGCUUCGAGAGUCUUUCGAAAGUCAUGUCGGCGGGCCUUCGCAUCGGCUUCGUCGCGGGUCCCUCUGUGUUGGUGGACGCGAUCAACAAGUACACGGCCACCAGCCACCUGCAGGUCAGUGGCGUGUCGCAAUGCGUCGCCAUCGCCGUGCUGGAGCAGAUGGGCCAUCGUGGCUUCCUGCAGCAUGCCGCACGAACAGCCGACUUCUAUCGUCGGCGCCGCGACGCAUUCGAACGCAUUGCCCACGAGAUUCUCCGCGCCGAGCCGCCCGUCGCCGAAUGGACGUCGCCCGGCGGUGGCAUGUUCCUCUGGUUGCGCCUGCUCCUGCCGCUGAACGCAAACACGGCCGAGGGAGACAGCUUUGCCCUGAUCUCCACGCAGGCCAGACGCGCCGGUGUCUUGGCCGUGCCGGGUGUGGCCUUUUUGGCUUCCUCAGGAGGCACGUCCACCUAUGUUCGCGUCAGCUUUAGCCUCAUUGGCGAGGAGGACACCGCCGAAGCAUUCCGCAGGCUUCGUCGGGUCAUCUUGGACCUCUGA